AGUUUGAAUUGUUUGUAAUAGAUGGCACUACUUGAAAUUAACAUGGCGGCUAGGAAGAAUAGGUUCGUGGCUUGAGAAGCUUUUAUUUGGUCUAAUUUCGAAUAACACCAGUUGACAAAUGCGUAAUAUUGCUGCUUAUGACACUGUUGAAGUAAGUGAAUAAAACGUAGACACUCUACUCGUUUUCCACAUAUAGGAUUGAUACGUUUUGCCUUAAGAUGUUACGUAAUGUGUUGCAAUACACGCAUAUCAAUUAAUCGAUAAGUACGCCGUAGUUGCUAAUUUUAUUAAAUUGUCUAGUUAUGAGUUCGUAUGAUACUAAAAAAGAGAAAAUAAGGCGAUGAGACUAUAAUUGCUAAGUCGUUCGAUUCAAAAUACAUCUGAAAGAAAAUAGGCCGUUGUAAAAGUCGUGCUACUUUUUUGUGUUAUAUUGAAAGAAAAUUCUGUUUUGAUAAUUCUUCAUUUAUAUAAAGAAAGUGACUAAUUACAAUCUAGUAAGUCUAUAAUAAUAAAUUUAUUAAUAAUUGCGACUCCCUCUUUACCCUUCCCCCACCCCGCCUGCAAUAUCUAUAUAAUUACUUGAAUAUUAUCAUUAAAUUAUUAACUCUUCUAUUAUAAUUUAUAUAUCUAAAAUAAAGAUUUUGUGGUUGAUUAAUAAUUGAUUUCUUUAUGAAUAAAUUAAUUAAGAGAUAAAAUAUGUAGACCUAAGAUGAUAUUUUUCCUUUUAUAGAUUUUCUUACAAACGUGUGAAUAAUACCAAAUUUUUAUAAAUUAUCUGUUUAUUUCAUUAUCUUCUUUUACUUUAUUGAUAAUAAAAAAAUAUAUCGGUGUUGUAUUUUUCCAUUUACGAUUAGUGUGCUUGUUUAAUUAUUCUGUACUGAGAGAAAUAGAAAAUCGGUAGGUUUUCAUAUGCCUAAUUUUAGAACGUCGAUACUCCUAAUCUUGGUUUGCAAUAUUUAUAGGAUUUCGGUAGUUUUCUCCUAUUACUUUUCAUAAUGUUUUAGUUAUAUUCCUGCAAAAGAAAUCUAUAAGUAAUGCUUUCGGUUAUAUGCUUAGUUAUUCUAAUGGUUUUCUUUUUUGCUACAAGGAUAAUGAUAGUAAGGCUAGAAGAAAAAUAUCUAAUAUUUUUGGAGUCUCUCUCCUUAGGAUACAAAGUUAAGGGCCAGGUAGAUAGUAAUUUGAACAAGCCACUAUUGUCGGUUAAAGAGAUCUCAUUAUGUUUUGUAUUUUAUUGGAGUCUAAAUAAGAAAGGCAAAACAGCACGAAUGUCCUACUUUUUCUCGUUGUAUUGGAUAAAGAAAUUAGUACUCACAAAAUCUUAAAAUUUAGAUAUAUGAACAUAUAGAAAACAACAUUUUCAAAAUGGACCAUAUUUAAUAAAAGAUUAGGGAGUUUCAUUUUAGAAAGAGAACAAUUAAUUAUUUACCUAUUGUUGAUAUUGUUAGUUUUUGAUCUUUUUUUAUUGGAGGACAUUCUACUAACUUUACAAUGUUGUAUCUACGUUUUUUUCAAUAUUAUGACGUAGCAAUGGGGAACUGAGUGUUUAGCAUAGCUUUACUGUACAUUUGUCGUGAUAUUUAAUAGACUUUAUAAAAGAGGUGAAUGAACAAUCUCUAAGUAAUAAUUAUAGUUAAUCAAUAAAGACAGUUCUUGAGAAAAAAUUUCAAUAUUUUAUUAUAUAUGUAUUUGCUUAUAAACUCUUUUGUAAGACGUUUAUCUAUUCAGGAAAAAUAGGUCGCCUAUUUUUUUUAUAAGUAUAUGAUAUUUUGUCUUAUUAUUUUUUCUUUAAUAGGCCAUUUUUCAAGAAUGGAUGUAAAUAACAUCCUUGUUCAGCAGGAUGUUGACAUCGGUAUAGCUCAGAUGUCUGAAAGUUAUUCAAUUAUCAAAGUAGCAAAAAAUGUUGUGGAAGUAUCCGAUGAAUUAACUAAAGAUAGUUUAUCUGGUGGAAUUUUUGUGGAUAACGAGACUGGAGAAAUGAUGCAUGGCAGUGGAGGUGAAGCGAUUUCGUUCAUGGAAAUUGAAGAUUAUUUCUUAAACCCUGAAUCGGACUCUUUAUCCAGUAGAUCUGAUUCAUCCCAUCCAAUUUUGCAUAGUAUCCUAACUAAAUCUGAAAGUAAUGAGUUGAAAGAUUUAAGAUUAAAAAAUGAAAGUGAAAUAAAGCCGGAAACGGUAAUUGAAAAGCGAAAGCUUUUAAUGGAAUUAUUAGCUAGUCAAUCAAGUGAUGUUGACACCUUACAUUUUAUGAGUCACAAACCUUCAGAUAAGAGCGCUGAUAAUUUACAUACAGAGAAUGUACCCUACACGCCUUGCGAAGGGGCUGAGGGUAAUCAGACCUCGCCAGACUCAACAGCUCUUGAUAAAGCAACUGAACAAUUCAAGGAGAAAACGCUAUCUGUAUCAUUAGACAAAAGUGUAAACUGUUCGAAUAGGGGAAGGAGUAAAGAUGAAAAAAGAGCAAGAGCUCUAAACAUUCCCUUUACGAUGGCACAAAUUAUUAACUCUCCAGUCGAUGAAUUUAACGACUUGAUCACGAAUCAUUCAUUAAACGAAGCUCAGCUACAGCUUAUUAAAGAUAUAAGAAGAAGAGGCAAAAAUAAAAUGGCUGCUCAAAGUUGCAGGAAAAGGAAGAUGGAUGCCAUUGGAACUUUAGAAUCGGAAGUUUUAGAACUUCGAGAUAAGUGUAAGAGUUUGACAAAUGAACAGGAAGAGUUAAGACAUGAAGUAAACACAUGUGAGAACAAAAUCAAUGAAAUGUAUUCGAUGGUUUUUGAUUUUCUUCCAAAACCAUCCGGAGGAUCUAACAAUAUCGAUGACUAUACUUUAGAGCAGACAAAAGACGGAAGAUUAUUUUUAGUACCAAAAUAGGCCGGAAACAAGUGUUAUA